AUGCCUACCACGAAUAAUAAUAAUAGCACUAACAAUACAGGUUAUAGUAAUAACAGAUACAAAAGAAAAUAUUACAACAACAACAAUCAUAAUAACAACAGCAAUAAUAAUAAUGGCAACAAUGGUAAUAAAAAUGGUGGUGCCAACAAUAACUCUUCCAAUUCGAAUGCUGAUCAUAAUAAAAUGAUUGAACAAAACUUAAAUGCCUUGCCAGAAAGUGUUUUUGAAUUGGGUAAAAAUAAAAGAGUCACAGUUAGACAAUUUAGAAACGUUAAUUUGAUAGAUAUUAGAGAAUAUUACAAAGAUAGCAGCUCAGGUGAAUUUAGACCAGGGAAAAAGGGAAUCUCUUUAACAGAAGAGAUGUAUGAUAGUUUAUUGAGACAGAGAAUUAAUAUUGAUGACGCUUUGAGAAGAUUGGGUUCUAAACGACCAAGGAGCAAUGACCUGUUACAGAAGUAUUUAAAUAGGGACGAUAAGGAUGCUGAUGCGGACAAUGAUGACGACGAUGACCAAAAGAAAAAUAAAAAGUCCAAAAGAGAUAAAGAUAUUGCUCCACCUCAAUUAUUACCUAACGAAGCUGCUAAACGACAAGAAGAACUAGAGAGCUCGGCUAUUCUAGUAAUACCAUCUUCCACUACUAAAGCUAAGAAGGAGGAGGAAGAAGAAGAAGAAGAAGUGGAAAAGAAAAAGGAGAAUAGUGAGAGUGGAAAUAACAAUGUUGCAGUUGUAAGAAAUAACACACCACGAUUGGAUGAUUUUGAAAUAAAACCAGAAGUUGCUACUACUGCUACUGCUACUGCUACUGCCAGCACUAACGACACCAGUAUUAAUAACGACAACAAUGUUAUUAACAACACUAACGAUGAUUUGAAUAGCAGUGAUGAAGAAUUUGCAGCUGCCUUAGAAACCGAUAUCAAGAACAAUGAAGUUCAAGAUGAAUCUAGCAAACAACAGACAAACAUUACUAAGGAUGCCAACGAAAGUGAAGAAGAUUAA